GUGAACUUUUUGGGAGACGGUCCCUUGGCCCGGCAGAGGUAGUCUGAGCACAGCCGGCUCAGAGCCACAACACCGCCGUCUGUCAGUCUGACUGUAACGCCGGGCUUCAGCGACGCUUCUCCCGCUUCACUUCACAUGCACCUCUGACAGCGCUGCGUGACUCCGGGACUCCGGGACUCCUCACCCUCACUCGACGGGUCGCUGCGCAGCCUGCAGCCGCCGGGGGAGCGGGACACGUCAGGGGUGAAGAUGGUGAGAGCAGCCUCCAUCUUCACCGCGACACAACCAUGAAGAGAUAGAUGAGCUGUCUGUCAACUGUCUGCACCAACAGCAGAGGAGCUGACGGUAAAUGAGAGGCUGUCACCAUGCCCCCAGGGAAGUAUGGGAUGCAGGAGGAAUGGGGGAAGGAGGGUGUCCAGGAGAUCAUCAUGGACUUCCUGCUGCCGAAUGGGAUCUUCCUCAAAUUCCCCGUGUCUCGAAAUGACACCAUCAAAAACAUCAAAAAGAUGGUUUGGAAAAAUGCCCGGAGUGAGGCCCUCUUCGGUGCGCUGGGCGACCCGGACGCGUACGUCUUCACCUGUAUCAACCAGACGGCGGAGCGGGAGGAGCUGGAGGAAGAAUCGAGGCGUAUCAGUGAUGUGCGGCCUUUCAUGUGUGUUCUGAGACUGGUGGGCAGGCAGGGUGACCGAGUGGAGAAACUCACCAACACACAAAUCAGCCUGCUUAUUGGCAAAGGUCUUCAUGAGUUUGAGGCCCAGAAAAACCACGAGGUGAAUGAGUUUCGGACCAAGAUGCGCACAUUUUGCGAAGAGAAGGCUCAGGACCAGCAGAUGUUGCCAUGGCACCAGUGGAUGGAAUACAGCUUCCCAUGUGAUCUGGAGCCUUGCUGCUCCCCACCGCAGUGCAGGAGUUCAAAGUCCAAAAACACCAAGAAGAUUUUCGUCAACGUCAAGUUUGAGGCGUGCGAUGAAAGCUUCAUGCUGCAGCAGGAUCCUAAGGAUCACCCGGUGGCUCUGAUCAGGAGCGCCCUGAAGAAGAAGGCCACUGUCUUUCGCUCAGUGCGGCAGGAGCCUGAGGACUACACGUUACAGGUCAACGGGAGCUGGGAGUUCAUCUAUGGGAAACAUCCCUUGUGUCAGUUCAAAUACAUUUUCUCAUGUUUGAGAAAUGGCCAAAACCCACAUCUAACCAUGGUGCACCACUCCACCAUCAGCGCGUAUCAGGAGGAACAAGGCAGGAUGUGCAGCCAGGUAUUCAAGAGUCGUUCAUUGUCCAGACCUCCUCCACUGCCCCUAAGAAAGCAGAACACAGCUUCUCUGUGGUCCAUCAAUGAGCCAUUCUGCAUUCACCUGCUUCAGGGCAGCCGAGUCAAUGCAGACGAAGGAAUGAAGCUUGUGGUGCAGGCCGGUCUUUUCCAUGGCAGCGAGCUGCUCUGUAAGGUCGUGACAAGCUCGGAAGUGACGGUGUGCUCUGAGCCGCUGUGGGAUCAAAAGCUGGAGUUUGACAUAAACGUGGCCGACCUGCCUCGCAUGAGCCGCCUGUGCUUCGCGCUCUACGCAGUCAUUGAGAAAACCAAGAAACCCCGCGGCACAAAAAAGAAGAACAAGAGAGCGGAUUGUCCCAUAGCCUGGGUGAACACCAUGGUGUUUGACUAUAAGGACCAGCUCAAGACCGGGGAGUUCCUCUUGUCCACAUGGCCGUCUGUUCCUGAUGACAAAAGUGAGCUACUGAACCCGAUGGGAACGGUCGAGAAAAACCCCAACGUGGACAGUGCUGCAGGGCUUCUCAUUUGUUUCCCCAACAUCCGACCACAUCCUCUUUACUACCCUCCCCUUGACAAGAUAAAUUACAUCGAGAGGAACGGUGAUGCAUCUUUUGCCACUAAAGAAGAGAACAUGAAACUUAAGGAAAUCAUGGACAACAAAAACUACACAGAGUUUUUUGAGGACGAAAAGGAACUCUUGUGGAAGCUCCGUGCUGAAGUUCGCGACCAUUAUCCAGAGAGUCUCUCUAAGCUGCUCCUCAUCACCAAGUGGAAUAAGAGAGAAGAUGUUGUCCAGAUGGUGAGUCUGCUGAGGAACUGGCCAGACCUCCCUGCCAUCCAUGCAUUAGAGCUCUUAGACUACAGUUUUCCUGACCCAGCUGUCCGUUCUUUCACUAUCAGAUGCCUCAGGAAGCUCAGUGAUGAUGAGCUGCUGCAGUAUUUGAUCCAGCUGGUCCAGGUCCUGAAGUACGAGUCCUACCUGGACUGUGACCUCACCACCUUCCUGCUGGAGAGGGCUUUGUCCAAUAGGAGGAUAGGACACUUUCUGUUCUGGCAUCUCAAGUCAGAGAUUCACGUGCCAUCUGUGACUUUGCGUUUUGGCCUAAUUUUGGAGGCCUACUGCAGGGGAAACAUCCACCACAUAAAGCUCCUAACCAAACAGAACGAGGCUCUGAGCAAAAUGAAGGCACUGAGCGACUUUGUCAAGUCAGGCUCUCAGAAGAUGACAGCGGAGGACCUGAAGCUGUGUAUCAGACAGGAGUCGUACCUGGAGGCUCUGUCCGACCUUCUGUCACCGCUCAACCCCAGCAUCAUCCUCGCUGAGAUCUGCACAGAUAAGUGCAGAUUUAUGGACUCCAAAAUGAAGCCACUCUGGUUGAUGUACAAGAACCACUGGGCUCAAGGAGAAAUGGUGGGCAUCAUCUUCAAGAAUGGAGAUGACCUUCGACAAGACAUGCUGACCCUCCAGAUGAUCCAGCUCAUGGAGACUUUAUGGAAGAAAGAAGGUCUCGAUCUCAGAAUGAUCCCAUAUGGCUGUUUGUCCACUGGGAACAAGAUGGGGCUCAUCGAGGUAGUGAAGAACUCCGACACCAUUGCCAAUAUCCAGCGCAACAACAGCAACAGUGCUGCUACCGCUGCCUUCAACAAGGAUGCCCUGCUCAACUGGCUCAAAUCUAAGAAUCCUGAGGACACACUUGAUCAAGCAAUAGAAGAGUUCACGCUGUCCUGUGCUGGCUACUGUGUAGCUACUUAUGUCUUGGGCAUCGGAGAUCGUCACAAUGACAAUAUCAUGAUCAGGGAAACUGGACAGCUGUUCCACAUUGACUUUGGCCAUUUCCUGGGUAACUUCAAGCGGAAACUUGGGAUCAACAGAGAGCGUGUGCCUUUUAUCCUGACUUAUGACUUUGUUCAUGUGAUCCAGCAAGGAAGGACAAACAACAGCGAGAAGUUUGAGAGGUUCCGGGAAUACUGUGAGCGAGCUUACAAGAUCCUGUGUCGGAAUGGGACGUUGUUUGUGAACCUCUUUGCUAUGAUGAAGGCAGCGGGACUGCCCGAGCUCACCUCCUUCAAAGACAUCCAGUAUCUAAAGGAUUCUUUAGCUUUGGGCAAAUCCGAGGAAGAGGCACUGAAGAAUUUCAAAGUAAAGUUUAAUGAAGCACUGCGAGAGAGCUGGAAAACCAAGGUCAACUGGAUGAUGCACUCCUUGGCCAAAGAUAAUAGACCGUGAAGAACACUGAACACUUGAGGACAGCUGAAAGAUCAUGGAAUAUUUACUCGUGGAGAUGAAAGGGAGUAAAACAGAAUCAAAUGUCCAACUUCAUUGAUGGCACUUAAAGAUAUUCAACGUUUGUUUACAUCUGUCUGUUAUAAAUAACAACUAAGUGGAGGCAUCUAGAGGCUGAAAUAAUCGUGGCGCAUCACUUGAACACACAGUGAGGUCAAACUCAUCAUACUCAACUUUCUCCCUUCGAACAAUUGAAUUGCCUUUGCCUCAGGGCCACAUUAAGACAGACAUACGGUAUGUUUUUAAUUUGUUGAAACCGCUACUUGAAAACCACCUGCUCAUGCAAACGUGUCAUGAAUCACUGAAAUAGAAGCAGAGACUGUGAAUGUUCAUCUCACUGACUGGUUUACUGUGCGGGGAGCAAACAGCAAAUGAUGAUGAUGAUGAGGAUGAUAUCUGUCAGUCGAAGAACAAUAACAGCGUGGCAGUUUUACCUCAACUCUUUCAUACACUGGGAAGCCUCUGUCAUUUCCUCUCAUUUCAGCUGCCUCUCUGGGGGUGUCUUAUUUUCUAUUUUAUUGUAUUUUAUUUAAUUUGGUAUAUUUUAAAUACUUGUACAAAGUCAUGAAAGAUAUUUUAAAGAUGUCCUCUUUUACUGCUGUAUCACUUACUGAUUUGUGAUGUUGCCUUAAAGUACAGUAUGUUGCCUUUUGAGUAGCAGUGGAUAGAGAUGAGAUGAAAACAAAUGCUUAGAUUGGGACCUUUAUUUGGUAAACACGUGUGUGUGUGUGUACACGACUGUGAUGCCCAGCAGACCCUCACUGAAGAGCGACGACGUUUUAAAGGAACAGUUUGAUAUUGUUGUCUGAAAACGUCACCAUACUUGUGUUUUCAUCACAAAGGAAACAGGGCCAAACCAUCAGUAGCAACUGGAAUUGUAGGCGACAUUUAAAGCUUUCAUGAAAUGUCCUCAAGGAAUCGUCAAGUCCAGUUUGUGAAUCACUCUAUUGUCUCCUGUCUCCAGCCUAUUUAGCAGACAGAUAUGAGAGUGGCAUUUUAAAUUUUUUCCAAUAAUAUCAAACUAUUCCAUUAAUGAUGUAGUUGCAAACAAGACAAAGAAAUGGUCUUGGGCUCUGUGCGAAGAGGUUUUCUUUUUUGUUUGGUAACGAACAGACAAAUCCUGCUCAGUACAACAUGAAAAAGGUGUUACUGUUAACAUGGGCCCCAUGAAAGUGAAAAUGUCACCUAUGUUAUGUGAUCUCAAAUGACGCGGUUUGUGUGUAUGUGUGUACUUGUUACCUUUUUAGAACCUUUUCUGGCAUAAACACUGACCUUGUCAGGACCAGUAGUUCUCAUGAUCCCAAAAUGUGGUCCUAAUGAAGUAGAAUUUAAUUCCUGAGGAACUUGUUAAGUUUAGGACUAAGAUUUUAAAUGUGGUUAAGGUUAGUAUUGGGCAUUAACUGGUUAUGGUUAAGGUAAGAUUGUUUAGGCUGUCCAAAUGAAUGACUUAAGAAGCUGUGCAAACCUGUGUGUGUGUGUGUGUGUGUGUGUAUGCUCCCGAAAUAUUCUCAUAUUUAAGCUACCUGUAGUUUCCGUUGUUUUUCAACAUAUGUGCCAGCAGGUGGCAUGAAAGUGAUUUCAUGCUCACAAUGUCAAACACACUGAUCCAAUGCUGUGCAAAAUAAUGUUUUUCUUUCUGUUUAAGUGAGCCUGUGUGCUGGAUGAGUCAAUGUUAUGUUGUGUUGCUCUGAUUGCUUUACAUGCUGUAUAUCCUGCUGCAAGUCCUUCAUGGACCAGUUGAAUGUAAGAUAAAGUGCUUUUCAUAUGCUUUUUUGUGUAAAAGUUCAAGUAACCCUGACUGUUUGUAUGGAUCUCUAUACAAUGAUGUAUUUUACAGAAGAACAAGGACAAGUGAAGAUUAAACACAUUAAAGUACAGAAAUAUACACUGUGGAAUACUGUAGAGUUUAAAUAUGGGUCAUCUAUGCAGACUUAGUUACACACAUCCGCUUUAAGCCUGGAGGAGUGGAUCUACUCAAUUAAUAGACGACGUUUGCUAAUUGUAAAUGAUACUGCUGUUGCCUUUUAAUUGAUUUGAUCGAUUGUAAUAAUAAUAGCUCAGGCCUGGUUUAAAUGUGUGCAGCUAAAACAGAACAAUUGUCUUUUGCAUAUUCCUGUUUUCCUCUUUGCUUCUCAUGCUGUUAGGAGGAAAACGCGCACUCAAUAAAUCGUUUGCAACAGGUCA